UUUAAGGUUUUUAAUUCAAACGCAGCGCCCAUGGAAGUGUCCUUCAUCACGGCUGACCCGCUGGGCCAGAACUACAGCCUCAUCUGCAAAACUGGAGAUAACCUGCGGCAGGACAUGCUGGUGCUGCAGAUCGUGAGUCUUCUGGACCGCAUGUGGAGACAGGAGGGACUGGACAUGAGGAUGGUCACGUACAGAUGCAUUUCUACUGGACGAGAUCAAGGUUUAGUGGAAGUGGUGCGUGACGCUGUGACGCUGGCGAAGAUUCAUCAGGAGUGGGGUCUGUCUGGAGCGCUGAGGGAAGACACCUUAGAGAAAUGGUUCCAUAUGAGGAACAAGACCAAAGAGGACUACGAGAAG